AUGGUGCCCAUCACUACGUCGUACGUCGUACUGUGUUCGACUCCACAUCAAAUAUUGAGUCUCACGGGUAUAAGCUUUCAACGUAAAAGUAUCAUUGGAUUUGUAGAAUUGACAAUUGUCCCACUUAAGGACACGUUACGAUGUGUGAAGUUAAACGCAAAACAAUGCAGGAUUUAUAGAAUAUGUUUAAAUGAUACUUACGAAGCACCAUUUCAGUACUUCGAUCCCUUUUUAGAUAUCUGUCAAGGUGAUGGGAAACAGCGAUCAUUGGAAUUCUUUUCAACUAUGCAUUUGGCAGCUGCACAGCGAGUUGACCCAGACAAUAAUGCAGGAGAAUUAGUUGUACAAAUACCACCAGAUGCUGCACAUUUAGUCGGCGAAGGAAGAAAUUUAAGAAUAAGCAUUGAGUUCUCUUUAGAACAGCCUCAAGGUGGAGUACACUUCGUUGUACCAAAUUGUGAAGGGACGUUAGCAGAGAGAGGUGCACAUAUGUAUACAUAUAGUUAUGAAAAUUCUUCGAGAUUAUGGUUCCCAUGUGUAGAUAGUUUUGCGGAACCAUGCACCUGGAAAUUAGAAUUUACUGUUGACGAUUCGAUGACAGCUAUAUCUUGCGGCGAUCUUGUAGAAGUUGUAUAUACUCCGGAUAUGCGUAGAAAAACUUUUCAUUAUGUUCUGAACACGCCGGCGUGUGCACCGAACAUUGCACUUGCAGUAGGACCAUUUGAAAUAUUUGUCGACCCGUACAUGCACGAGGUAACACACUUUUGUUUGCCACAGUUGUUACCAUCGUUGAAAGUUUCUGCUAAAUACAUGCAUGAAGCAUUUGAAUUCUACGAGGAAACAUUGUCAAACAGAUAUCCGUACUCGUGUUACAAGCAAGUAUUUGUAGACGAGUUGGACGAAGACAUAAAUGCUUAUGCAACUAUGAGUAUUUUAAAUACGAACUUGUUACAUUCAACUGCGAUCAUUGAUCAAGUUUAUACUACAAAAAAAGCUAUGGCUCAAGCUGUUGCAGAACAAUUUUUCGGUUGUUUUAUAUCGAUGCAAAAUUGGUCCGAUACUUGGUUACCUAAAGGUGUUUCGACAUAUCUAACUGGACUAUAUGCAAAGAAAUGUUUUGGAAAUAAUGAAUACAGAGAGUGGAUACAGUCGGAAUUGCAAGCAGUUGUAAAAUAUGAAGAACAAUUUGGUGGGAUAAUACUAGAUCCUUCCCAACCACCAGCUCCGUUACCUAUUGCGGCGAACACACCAGCUCCUACACCUAGAGCUCCAGAUCCCGGAUUCUACUUUCCAAUAAGAAAUUUACACACGAUGUCACCAAAAUAUAUCGAAGUACUUCGGAAGAAGGCCCAUUUAGUUAUUAGAAUGUUAGAACAUCGAAUUGGACAAGAAUUACUUCUGCAGGUGUUUAAUAAACAAUUGUCUCUUGCUGCUAAUGCUGCACAGCAAAAAGUUGAGUCUGGACUUUGGUCUCAUAUGUUAAUCAGUACAAAUGUGUUUACGAAAGCUAUUUUCACUGUAACUGGUAAAGAUAUGGCAGUGUUUAUAGACCAAUGGGUUCGAACUGGUGGACAUGCAAAAUUUAGCUUACAUUUUGUAUUUAACAGAAAGAGGAACACUGUAGAAUUAGAAAUUCGACAAGAUACUACUAAUCAAAGAGGAAUUAGGAAAUAUGUUGGUCCGCUACUAGUUAAUAUUCAAGAAUUAGAUGGUACCUUCAAGCACACGUUACAAAUAGAAGGUACUUCGGCGAAAACCGACAUUACCUGUCACAGUAAAAGUCGGAGAAAUAAAAAGAAAAAGAUUCCGUUAUGCACUGGGGAAGAAGUAGAUAUGGACCUUUCUGCUAUGGACGAUUCUCCCGUAUUAUGGAUAAGAUUAGAUCCUGAAAUGACGUUACUGCGUGCGGUUCAAAUUGAUCAACCGGAUUAUCAGUGGCAAUAUCAGUUAAGACACGAAAGAGACGUUACCGCGCAAUUGGAAGCUAUCGAAGCUUUACAGAAUCAUGCGACUCCGGCUACUCGAUUAGCAUUAACUGAUACUAUAGAAAAUGAACAUUGUUAUUAUAAAGUCAGAUUACGAGCCGCGCAUUGUUUGACCAAGGUAGCUAAUGCAAUGGUUGCGACAUGGGCAGGUCCGCCAGCAAUGUUAGCCAUAUUUCGAAAAUUAUUUGGAUCGGCUUCGUGUAGACGCAUAAUUAAGCAGAAUAAUUUCUCCAACUUCCAACACUAUUUUCUACAAAAGACUAUACCCGUAGCGAUGGCAGGUUUACGCAACGCUCACGGUAUAUGUCCCCCAGAAGUGUUGAAUUUCUUGAUGGAUUUGUUUAAGUAUAACGACAAUAGUAAAAACAGAUAUUCGGAUAAUUAUUACAGAGCAGCAUUGAUCGAAGCACUCGGUGCUACUGUCACUCCUGUAAUUAGUGUACAACAAGGGACAGCUAUUACUGCUGAAUCAUUGUCAGUUGAUACUAAGGCUAUAUUAGAGGAAGUCACAAGGAAUUUAAACUUGGAAAAGCUGUUACCAUGUUACAAGUAUACAGUUAGUGUAGCUUGUCUUAAGGUCAUACGAAUUUUGCAAAAGUUUGGUCAUCUUCCGAGUAAUCCUCACCUUUUCAGAGCAUAUGCUGCAUACGGGCAAUUUAUAGAUGUUAGAAUUGCAGCCCUGGAAGCGUUAGUGGAUUUCACAAGAGUGGAUGGUAAAUGGGAGGAUUUAGAAUUUUUGUUAGACAUGAUAGAAAUGGAUCCUCAUCCGGGAGUGCGACAUAGAUUAGUAAGAUUGAUGGUUGAAAAUCCACCGUUUGAAAGAGCGCACAAACAUCGUUUAGAUCGUCUCGAACUUGUCGAUCGUAUAUGGAAUUCAAUCAACGGUAUGCUCUCACACGAUCCUAAAAUCCGAUGUGAUUUAGUUGAUUUAUAUUACACACUGUAUGGUUCAAAACGACCAGUUUGUCUUCCAAUUCCUGAGCUUGCUGUCAUUGCUCCUAAGCCGAAAAAAGCAGGACCACCGAGUCCAGAACCAGAUAUGAAACCAAAUGUGUCGCAUAUAAAGUAUGAGCCGUCUGUUGUGGAAAUUGAAAACACAAAUGGGGUAGUCAAAAGAAAAAGUUCACCUCUUAGGGAUACUCCAGGUCCAUCUAAUUUAGUUGAAUAUGGUCCAGAAGUGAAACGACAGAAAAUGGAUGAUCGAACAGCAGUUGCAACAGGAGAUGGAAAAGUAAAAUCAGAAUAUUAUAGUGAUAAUUCUGCAUCAUUGCCUGGCAUUAUGGGAACAUCGGGCCCAGUGGGUUUUGAACCAGGAAUGUUUAAAAAAGAAGGAGAGGAGCACAAACAGAAAAGCGAUUCUGCUAAUAAAAAUAAGAAGAAGAAGAAAGAUAAGAAAAAGCAUAAACACAAACACAAACAUAAACAUGAUCAUAAGCAUGGUAAGGAUAAAGAUAAGAAGGAUAAAGACAAAGUCAAAGAUAAAGAAAAGGAUAAGGAGAAAGACAAGAGUAAAGAAUCUUCAAAUUUAAAGAUCAAGGAAGAAACUCUAAGCUCCGCAAGUUCUAGUCUCAGUCCAGAUGCGACUAAUGAGACAGAUGUUACUAAUGAAUUUAUUUUCUCGUAGUAAAAUAUAAAACCAUUUGUAAUAUACUGCUGAGAUCACAGUUUUAUUUAUAUCUCUCAUAUAUCUUAGGGCACAUGAUGUAUCACGAAGUGAAACGUUUUUCAUCGUCUAUUGUAAAUAUACAUUUUUAAACAUA